AUGGAAUUGCCUGAUUUUUCUAUGGCACAUAAGCUUGAAAACGUAGAUCUCUGUGAUUGUUCAAGUUUGAGGAGUGUUCAUCCAUCCAUUUUAUCUCUCCACACUCUUGUUAAAUUGGAUGUAGAUCAUUGCCAUGAAUUAGAGAGUCUUGAAAGUGAGACUCAUUUAGAAUCCCUCUCCGAUCUCCAAGCUAGCGGAUGUGGCCUCAAGAAAUUUUGUUUGUCAUCAAAUAAAUUGGAAACCAUAUAUCUUCGAGAAACUAGACUUGAAAUAUUGGAUUUGCCAAUCGGACGUUUCACAAAGCUUAGAAGUCUUUUAAUUCUUCACGGUGAAAGAUUGAGGAGUCUUCCAAUAAAGGAGCUGUGUUGCUUGACAAAUCUUACGGAGUUUCAGGUUCUUGAAUUCAAGCAGGAAAUUCACACAGAGGAGCUGCGCUCCCUUUUUUAUGCUUGGCGUAAUUUAGAAAUACUAUGUUUGGACGGAUGGAGUUACUUGUCGGAAAUCCCUGGCAAUAUCAAGUGCUUAACAAGGUUACAAAAUUUAUCAUUGCAACGUAGUGGUGUAGAGACAUUGCCACCUUGCGUCAGCCAUCUUUCAAGCUUGACAGGCAUUUACCUAUUUGGCUGCAAAAGGCUUAAGUCGAUACUUGGACUUCCUCCCAUGCUUAAAGCAUUAGAUGCCAAUGAUUGCACUUUAUUGGAGACUGUAUCCUCUGACUCUCUAGUUUUCAGUCCGUGUUGGUUUCAAUUCAAAAACUGUGUAAAGUUGGAUGAGUGUUCGCUUGGCUUUAUUGAGGAAUCAACUCAUUUCUCACUGACUUCAGCUUGUGGGACUGCAUUUAAUUACCUUGAUUUAGCUCGUUACCCAGGAAACAGAGUUCCAAAGUGGAUGAAAUAUAAACAAAUGACAGAGGCUUCCAAUACUAUCCAAUUCAUGACAGAGGCUUCCAAUACUAUCCAAUUCACUUGCAAUCUUGAACGAGCAAUUGGCAUAUUGUUUUGUUGUGUUGCUCCUCAUCGUCAUCUCAGAUCACUGGGACAGCGCCCUCUCGUCACCUGUUAUAUCACUUGUGAUGAUAUUGUGACCAAGUCCUCACCUUAUAAUAAUCAACGUCUUUAUGAAUUGGAUUCAGACCAUGUAUUUAUAUGGCCCAGGAAGGGGUUCCCAUUUGGUACUAGAACAGGUGAUGAUGUUAAGAUUUCAUGUGAAUUCUUUCUGGAAUGGCGGGAUCAUGGAAAGAUGUAUUGCAACCACAAAGUCCCUCUUGAAGCAUGUGGAGUACACGUAAUAUAUGACUCGGAGUCAGAGCCUGGGUCGGGUCAAAAAAGAAAGAGGGUUGCUGAUAUAGGUGUUGAAGAUGGAGUCCCUCCCACAAAGCGGCUCAACAAUUCUUGGAUCUCUCAACCUGCUCCCCUGGGACUGGCAUUGCAGUUGGGGUUGGCUACUACUAAAUCCAACAAAUCUCAUGAUAACUUCAUCUGUCACCCACUGCAACUCAAAUUUAUGCGCAAGAAGAAACAAGAGGACCCUUUGCAGCUCAAGUUAAAUAUAAAUUCUGACAGGUAUAGUUUAAUGCUGGUGAACAUUUAUUAG